AAGGAAAGACAUGCAAAAACCCCAGAAAAUGUCAUUCUAUAUAUACAUCAUGUACAAAGGAAGAGGAGGACAUCAGAGUACUGUUAAUUUUUGCACAACUUAGUUCCUAAUAGUAAUAAGCCAUGUUAAUCAUGAGUAGGUCAAGUAGCAUCCAAUGUUCAUUAAAGUCAUUGCAAUGUCUUCUAAAACAUUCAAAUAUUAAUCAAACUUCUUCAAAGUGCAUUUCUCAAUCCUCUUAUCACUUUCAAAAAGCUGACAAACCUGAUGAUUCAAAUCAUAAGCCUGGUUCUAAAGAUGACAUCCUCUCUGAUUAUGUUAAUAGAAAUCCUAGGAACCUUGAGAUGCUGCGAAUAGCUCGCCAGCCUCAAGGUUAUGACUUGGAUGUGAAGCAACUUUACUACUGGAACAGAUUAGAGUUGCAACAGGUGGGCCGAUUCCUGAUAGGCCGUGUGCGGCAUGAGAGUGGCCGGGUCAUUCUGCAGGCCUCGACACGUGAGUGGCCCAUGCAGAGCAGACUGCCCAGCACGCAGGACUACACAGCCGCUGUUACCUUGGCUCGAGUGCUGGCUAGGAGGUGCCUGGAAGCAGGUUACUCAGAGAUGGCAGUGGACGCCUCCCUUGAGGUCGAAUCAUCAACGAAGGCGGCCGCCUUUGUCAAGACUAUCGAGGAGUGUGGAGUGAGACUCAGCGAGGACUUCCAGCUCCACGAGACGGACAUGUACCCGUGGGCGCUGGAGCGCCCGACGCUGCCAUGGGACGUUCCUGAACACAUCGCGGACCAGCAGCAAUGACGGUCCAGGGCCGGAGGAACGGUCAGCAUGACGGUCCAGGGCCGGAGGAACGGUCAGCAUGACGGUCCAGGGCUAGAGGAACGGUCAGCAUGGCAUAAUUGAGGUUACAGCAAUGUCAGUUCAUGUCUCAAAGAAGUGGCACAUCUUCAUGAUGAAUUAGGAAGUCAGAGGCGCGUAAGAAGUAAAAAUUAACGGUACAAAUGAUUUUUGCUGACAAUUUUUCAUCAAAAUUAUUCGGCCUUCAUUGUACUUUCAUGUUGGAAUGCCGUUAUGAAUUAGGAACUCAGUGGCUUGUAAGAAGUAAAGAUUAUCAGUACAAACGAUUUUUGCUGACAAUUUUUCAUCCGAAAUUAUUUGGCAUUCAGUAUACUUUCAUGUUGGAAUGUCGUUGAGCCAUCGUAAAUGAUAUAAUAAAAAAAGCUGUACAUGUA